AUGCGGAAUCUACGAAUCAUCUCCUCUCAUUUCUCACGAAGUUUCAGAUCAAUCGAGAGAAACCCAGUUUCCGCAAGAUUGAUCUCGAUCCAAUCCCGGCGAUACUCGUCACCGACGACGCAAUCGGAGAAUGUCCCCAAAAUCGCCAACGAGCUCUCGGAUCUCGGACCAGAGAAGAAGGAGAAGGCGUUCGAUGUGAUGCUCCAAGAGUUCAAAGGGGAUUUCAAAUUGAAGCUAAACUUGAUUAAAGAAGUGGGAUUGGUUACGGAUUUGGGAUUCGAGGAAGCAAAGAAGAUGGUUCAUUGUGCUCCUAUAAUGGUGAAGAAAGGAGUUAGUAAGGAUGAAGCAGAGAAGAUCAUAGAGAAGUUGAAGGCUGUUGAAGGAGCUAAAGUUUCUAUGUGGUGA